AGAGGGGAGAGUGGAAGACUGAGGGUGGAGAGAGGCAGAGGGAGAGGAGACUGCCCGAGGAGAAGGAAGAGAGAGGGAGAGAAGGGCGAUAGAGGAGAAAGGAGGAGAGCGAUAGAGGGAGGGGAGACAACUGAAUGGAGGAAGGAGAGGAGAGAGCGAGCUAGGAGGCUCCUAGCACCUGAAGGAGGGGAGAGAGAGGUGGAGGGGAGAGAGAGGUGCAAAGUAGAGAGGAGACAUCAGAGAGGCCAAAGAACCAGGAGAGGGGAUGUGGAAGGGAAACUGCCCAGGGGGGGACCAGGAAGCAGCCAUUGAGGGGCCAGGUGGAGAGCUGGGGGGACCAGGAAACUGGGGUCUGGAAGAUGCCCCAGACCUCUUGGCCAGGGCCUCCCUGCCUGUUAUGCUUCCAUGGCCUCUGCCCCUGGCCUCCUCGGCCCUUACCUUGCUCCUCGGAGCCCUCACUUCCCUGUUCCUCUGGUACUGCUACCGGCUGGGUUCCCAAGACAUACAGGCUCUGGGGGCUGGGAGCCAGGCUGGAGGUGUUAGUGGUGGGCCUAGGGGAUGCCCUGAGGUUGGCAGACCAGGCCCAAGGAGCCCUGGGGAGCCUGGAGAAGGACCCAGAGCAGAAGGCCUAGUGAGCCGUCGACUUCGGGCCUAUGCCAGGCGCUACUCAUGGGCUGGCAUGGGUAGGGUGAGGCGGGCAGCUCAGGGUGGCCCAGGCCUCGGAGGAGGGCCAGGUAUCCUGGGCAUUCAGCGCCCAGGCCUGUUUUUUCUACCAGACCUGCCUUCAGCCCCCUUUGUGCCACGGGAUGCCCAACGGCAUGAUGUGGAACUCUUAGAAAGCAGCUUCCCUGCCAUUUUGCGGGACUUUGGGGCUGUGAGCUGGGACUUCUCAGGGACUACCCCUCUGCCUCGGGGCUGGUCCCCACCCCUAGCCCCUGGGUGCUACCAGCUCCUGCUGUACCAAGCAGGCCGGUGCCAACCCAGCAACUGCCGACGGUGCCCGGGAGCCUAUAGGGCACUGAGAGGGCUGCGGAGCUUUAUGAGUGCCAACACCUUCGGCAAUGCUGGCUUUUCUGUCCUUCUACCUGGGGCCCGGCUCGAGGGCCGCUGUGGGCCCACCAACGCUCGGGUUAGAUGCCAUCUGGGUGUGAAGAUCCCCCCUGGCUGUGAGCUGGUGGUUGGGGGUGAGCCCCAGUGCUGGGCUGAGGGGCACUGUCUCCUGGUGGAUGACUCCUUCCUGUACACAGUGGCUCAUAAUGGUUCCCCUGAAGAUGGGCCUAGAGUAGUCUUCAUUGUGGACCUCUGGCACCCCAACGUGGCUGGGGCUGAACGUCAGGCACUCGAUUUUGUCUUCGCACCAGACCCUUGAAGGAAGGUGUUCCCUUCAGACACCUGACUCGAGAGAUGCUUUAGUGGCAGCCAGGACCACCUCCUCUGUGAGGGUUGGGAGGGGGCUGUGGAUGGCCAGUAAGUGCUGAAAUAUAAAUUUUGAACCCUUUCCUAACUCCUGUGUACUUCCUUCCCAGCUACCAGCCUCAGGGAGGGCUUGGGGCGGAACUCCUGCCUUCUGCCAUACAACUAGCCAGGCAUCACC